AAAAUGUGACUGUGGAUGAUCAUGAUAUGUUUUCUUUAAUGUACUCAAGCUUCGCUUGUAUUUUCAGGGAGAAAGAUCUCAAUGCUAAGUUUAUUAUUUCAAUGGAGAAAAAUAAAACGACAAUCACAAACUUGAAGAUACCAGAGGGCGGUACUGGCGAUACAGGAAGAGAAAGAACUAAGACCUUUACCUAUGAUUUUUCCUAUUUCUCUGCAGACAGUAAAAGUCCCAGCUUUGUUUGUCAAGAAACGGUUUUCAAAAAUCUUGGUACAGACGUGCUUAAGUCUGCUUUUGAAGGUUAUAAUGCUUGUGUUUUUGCAUAUGGACAGACUGGAUCUGGGAAGUCCUACACCAUGAUGGGAAAUGCGGGUGAUGCUGGCUUAAUACCUCGGAUUUGUGAAGGGCUGUUCAGCAAAAUAAGUGAAAAAACAAAACGGAAUGAGGCGUCCUUUCGAACAGAAGUCAGCUAUUUGGAAAUUUAUAAUGAACGUGUGAGAGAUCUUCUCAGGAGGAAGUCAUCAAAAACGAAUAAUUUACGAAUCCGAGAGCAUCCAAAAGAAGGACCAUAUGUUGAAGAUUUGUCUAAACAUUUAGUGCAAAAUUAUGGUGAUGUAGAAGAACUUAUGGAUGCAGGAAAUAUAAACAGGACUACGGCUGCAACUGGAAUGAAUGAUGUCAGCAGCAGGUCUCAUGCCAUUUUCACAAUCAAUUUCACUCAGGCUAAAUUUGAUUCUGAAAUGCCUUGUGAGACUGUUAGCAAGAUUCACUUGGUAGAUCUUGCUGGAAGUGAGAGAGCAGAUGCCACUGGUGCCACAGGGGUUAGAUUAAAGGAAGGCGGGAAUAUUAACAAAUCCCUCGUUACUCUGGGAAAUGUCAUUUCUGCCUUAGCUGAUUUAUCUCAGGAUGCAACAAAUCCUCUUUCAAAGAAGAAACAAGUAUUUGUGCCUUACAGAGACUCUGUGUUGACUUGGCUGUUAAAAGAUAGCCUAGGAGGAAACUCUAAAACUAUAAUGAUUGCCACUAUUUCACCUGCUGAUGUCAAUUAUGGAGAAACUUUAAGUACACUUCGCUAUGCAAAUAGAGCCAAAAACAUCAUCAACAAGCCUACUAUUAAUGAAGAUCCUAACGUCAAACUGAUCCGUGAGCUGAGAGCUGAAAUAGCCCGAUUAAAAGCCCUGCUUGCUCAAGGGAAUCAGAUUGCUCUCCUGGAUUCCCCAACAGCUUUAAGUAUGGAAGAAAAGCUUCAGCAGAAUGAAGCAAGGGUACAAGAACUGACCAAAGAAUGGACAAACAAGUGGAAUGAAACCCAAAAUAUUCUGAAAGAACAAACCUUGGCUCUGAGGAAAGAAGGGAUAGGUGUUGUGUUAGAUUCUGAGCUGCCUCAUUUAAUUGGCAUUGAUGACGAUCUCCUUAGUACUGGCAUCAUCUUGUAUCACUUGAAGGAGGGUCAAACAUAUGUUGGCAGAGAAGAUGCUGUGACGGAACAGGAUAUUGUUCUUCAUGGUCUGGAUUUGGAAAGUGAGCAUUGCAUCUUUGAAAAUCUUAAUGGUACUGUGAAUCUAAUACCACUGAAUGGAGCACAGUGUUCUGUGAAUGGAAUUCAGAUUACUGAGGCCACGCACCUAAACCAAGGUGCUGUGAUAUUACUUGGAAGAACCAAUAUGUUUCGCUUUAACCAUCCCAAAGAAGCUGCUAAACUAAGGGAAAAAAGAAAGAGUGGACUGCUGUCUUCCUUCAGUUUGUCUAUGACAGAUCUUUCAAAAUCUUGUGAGAACCUGUCAGCUGUUAUGCUUUAUAAUCCAGGACUGGAAUUUGAAAGACAACAACGAGAGGAACUUGAAAAAUUAGAAAGCAAAAGGAAACAGAUAGAAGAGAUGGAGGAAAAACAAAGAUCUGACAAAGCAGAGCUUGUAAGAAUGCAACAAGAAGUAGAGUCACAGCGCAAGGAAACAGAAAUAGUACAGCUGCAAAUUCGAAAACAGGAAGAGAGUCUGAAGCGCAGAAGUGUUCACAUUGAGAGCAGGUUGAAGGAUUUGCUGGCUGAAAAAGAGAAAUUCGAAGAAGAGAGAUUGCGGGAACAACAGGAGAUAGAACUUCAAAAGAAGCAGCAGCAGGAGGAAAUUUUUGCCCGUGUCAAAGAGGAAUUGCAGCGCCUCCAGGAACUUAAUCAUAAAGAAAAAGCAGAGAAAAUGCAGAUUUUCCGAGAACUAGAAAAACUUAAAAAGGAGAAGGACGAACAGUAUAUUAAGCUGGAAUCAGAAAAAAAGAGAAUUGAAGAACAAGAAAGGGAGCAGAUGAUGCUUGUGGCUCAUCUAGAGGAACAGCUUCGAGAGAAGCAGGUCAUGAUACAGCUCCUCAAGAGAGGCGACGUACAAAGAGUCGAAGAAGAGAAGAGAGAUCUUGAAGAUAUCAGGGAAUCUCUUUUGAAAGUCAAAGAAGCCCGAUCUGAAGGUGAAGAAAACCGUGAAGAGUUAGAAAAAGCCCAACAUAGCUUUAUAGAGUUUAAAAAGAAACAGCUAGAACAGUUGACUAUGCUGGAAAAAGAUUUAGUUCAACAAAUGAAUCACCUAGAGAAGGAAAUAGCACGUGAAAAAGAAACUGUGGAACAUUUAAAACUUGCUGAGGAAGAACAUGUAAAUCUCAAGGAUGAUGAAAACUUUGGGGAUGCUGUACUCAAGGCUGAAGAAUUUGACGUGAUAAAGCCAGCGGAAUACAGGCUUCAAUGUAAAGUACACCAGCUGAAGUACCUGAAGAGUAAUCAUUUGCCAGCUCUGCUGGAAGAAAAGCAAAGAGCCUCUGAAGUCCUUGAUAGAGGCUUGUUAGGAUUAGAUAAUACUCUGUAUCAAAUAGAGAAAGAAAUAGAAGAUAAAGAAGAGCAGCUUGCACAAUAUAGAGCUAGCACAAAUCAGUUGCAGCAGCUUCAAGAAACGUUUGAAUUCACAGCCAAUGUAGCUCGGCAGGAAGAAAAAGUUCGGAAGAAGGAAAAGAAAUCCUUGAACAAGGGAAAACAGCAGAGAGAGGCAUUGGAACAAGCUGUAGCUAAGUUAGAAAGAAGGCACUCUGCUUUGCAACGUCGUUCUACAAUAGAUUUUGAAAUUGAAGAGCAAAAGCAGAAGCUUGCCACAUUGAACAACAGCUGCAGUGAGCAGGCUGGCCUGCAGGCGAGUCUGGAAGCUGAGCAAAAAGCCCUUGAACAAGACCGGGAGCGCCUAGACCAGGAAAUUCGGCAACUGAAGCAAAAAAUAUACGAGGGUGAUGCUGGUCAGAAAGGAAAUCAUGGAACAUUAGAGGAGAGACUGUCCCAUAGCAAUUCCCCAACAAGCCCAACAAAGCCACAGCCAUCCGUUACUCCAGUGGUUGAUGACAGGAUAAAUGCCUUUAUUGAACAAGAAGUGCAGAGAAGGCUCCAAAAGAUCCAUCAUAAAGCUGAGGAUAAUGAUGGUAGCCUGUUCUGGUCUACAGAAAGUUCAAAGGAUAAUGAGAGGCUUAAUAAUGGCACCGUUCAGCGCAAGUUGAAGUAUGAGCGGAUGGUCUGUCGUUCUUUGGGAGCAAAUCCAGAUGACCUAAAGGACCCAAUUAAAAUUAGUAUUCCACGCUAUGUCCUGUGUGGGCAGGGAAAGGAUGAACACUAUGAGUUUGAAAUAAAGAUAACAGUCUUGGAUGAGACAUGGACAGUAUUCAGGCGAUACAGUCGUUUUCGGGAAAUGCACAGAACUUUAAAAUUGAAGUACCCAGAGGUCGCUACUUUAGAAUUCCCUCCAAAGAAGCUCUUUGGAAACAAGGAUGAACGAGUGAUUGCAGAGCGACGGAGUCACUUAGAGACAUACCUCAGGAACUUUUUCACUGCAAUGCUGCAAUCUCCAUCAUCUCCGCUGCACAUUGAUAAAGUGGGGUCGACUCUGUCAAAACACACCAUCUGUGAGUUCUCACCGUUCUUCAGGAAAGGAGUUUUUGACUAUAGCAGUCAUGGGACCAGCUAACUUCUGUGCCAGGGCCCUCGUGUCAGAGGAGCACAGUUAGUGGUGCCUUCACUUCUGUGGUAUGAGAGAAAUGAAGGAGAGGAAGAAAGCAUAUCUUCUUUCAUGGCUGAAAAGCUGCAUCAAACCAACUCUAGCUAAAGACUGCUACGCCCUGAUGCUAGCUUUAGUUCUUUCCCACUUCUCAUAUUAGUGCCUGCGUUUUCCUGGCAUGAGGUACACAGACAUUGCUCGUGAAUUGCGCUGUUAAUACUGUACGAAAGCUCUGACACUCAUGCUGGGUUUGGAUCCACUCCUCAGUGGGAGCACUUCUUCGUCUUUGCUCAGACAAUUUGUUAUGGUCUUGUGAGAUCAUCUCAUGUUCGCUGUGUUGGCAUGUCAUACUGACAGAGAGUAGUUUCUGAGCAGCCUUUCUGUUUCUGCCCAAGCUGCUCCUUACGGAACAUUUCCUGUUUUGAUUUCUUACAGCAUAUUGUGGUAUUUAAGGUAAUGCUUGUACUCCACUGUUGUUUCUUUUUUUUUCUCCCAGAACGUAUAUUUUAAGUGUUUGUCUGUGUGAUUUAGUUUUUCUCAGAAGAUUUAAAGAGCCUGAGUGACUUGAAUGUUUACAAAACAUACACAGCAGAAAGAAUAUAAUUUAAAACCUUUAAAAGUCUUCCACACUUGGGUAUUUUGAAGCAGAACGAAUCACUUGCUGUUAAUUAAGCAGUAAAGGAAGCAAUAGUUACUGAAGAAUGCAGUAGGCAUCUUUUCACGUUUUCUAAUUACCUAGACCGUAAGUGGAUACUGUGCAGUGUACAGAGCUCAGAGCUAUGCAUAAAGCUAACUCAGAGUGCUAUAUUUCUUUUUUGGAAAACAGCUUCUUCAUAAUAACAUAGCACUGUAAAACCUGAACUUUAUUUGCAUCAGUUAAAAUUUACGAGAUUUUACUAAUAGUACUUUAAAAUUACUCAGGACAUAUUCAAACUUGCACAUGUAUAUACAGUUAGAACUCAUAUUGCUGCAGAUCCAAAAAUAUGUAUACACUGUGACUGGAACUGGGUAUGUGUACAUGUUAAUGUAUAAUUGGUUGUAAAAAAGCAGAAUUAAUCAGCUUUUGGUUAUUAUUAAAAUGCAUCCUGGAAGGUAAGUUUAGGAGUAUGAAGCAUUAUUUGUGAGUUGCCAUCAUUGACCAUUGGUAGGUCCUGGUAAUCAAACUGUUUCUUGUUGUGGACAAUGAUUAUUAAAACCUGAAGCAACAACAUCGGUAACACAUGACCUAAAUUACAAAAACAGUAAUGCUUUAUGUUUAGUUUGAUAAAUAAAGACCGUUUUCCACUACUAAGACCA